UUUGACAACUGCACUGAGCAAACAUGGCGGCGGCCGUAGAUAGUGUUGUGAAAGUGCUCGGGGAGCAGUACUAUAAGGAUGCUAUGGAACAGUGCCACAGCUACAAUGCUCGUCUGUGUGCGGAGAGGAGCAUCCUUAUGCCUUUCAUCGACUCUCAGACGGGUGUUGCUCAAAGCAACUGCUACAUCUGGAUGGAGAAGAGACACCGGAGUGCAGGCAUGGCUCCUGGGCAGCUGUAUAGCUAUCCGUCUCGACGCUGGAGGAAGAGACGGCGGUCCCACCCUCCUGAGGACCCCCGUUUGGCCUUCCCACCUAUCAAAUCAGCGGAGCUGGAGCUGGGUCUGAAACGGGAUGUUGUGGGAACGGUGGACGGCAGCAGCCUGGAGGCCCUGCUGAAGGGGGAGCCACUGGAGAGGAGGGGCCCGCCAGAUCCCCGUGCCCCGGAGGAGAACCCAGCCACACCUGAACCCGUGGCCGCCACAGUCUCCAGCCACACCUCCUCUGGACGCAUCCGUAAGAGGGUGCUGGACCACGAUGACUACCUGGAUGAUCUGGAUGAUGAGGACUUUGAGGAUGAGACCCCGAAGAGACGAGGGAAGGGCAAGUCCAAGGGUCGUGGAGUGGGAAAUGGAAAGAAGAAAAUGGAGGCAGCCGCUGCAGCCUUGGAGGAGCAGGACAAACCAUACGCCUGUGACAUCUGUGGGAAGCGCUAUAAGAACCGUCCGGGCCUGAGCUACCACUACACACACUCCCAUCUGGCGGAAGAAGAGGGGGAGGACAGAGAGGAGAUAGAGUCCCCUCCCCCCCGGCGCCAGCCUGAGGAGCACAAGACUCCUAAGAAAGGCCCUAACGGUCUGGCCCUGCCCAACGACUAUUGCGACUUCUGUCUGGGAGACUCCGCCCACAACCAGAAGACUGGCCAGUCAGAGGAGCUGGUGUCCUGCUCAGACUGCGGACGCUCAGGUCACCCGUCCUGCCUGCAGUUCACAGAUGUGAUGAUGGCAGCUGUGAAGACGUACCGCUGGCAGUGUAUCGAGUGCAAGUGCUGCAACGUCUGUGGUACCUCAGAGAACGACGUGAGUCCUGCUCCACCUCUGCCUUUUCAUACUUCUCCUUUUCUUUGUCUCCUCACACACACUGUUUCUGUCUGUCAGGACCAGCUGCUGUUCUGUGAUGACUGUGAUCGAGGAUACCACAUGUACUGCCUCAAGCCUCCUAUGACUGAGCCCCCAGAAGGGAGUUGGAGUUGUCACCUUUGCCUGGCGCUGCUGAAGGACAAGGCAUCUAUAUACAAGCAGCAGAGCCCCACCACAGAGGAUGAAUAGCGGUUAGUUAUCAGUGUCUUUGGGGCCACCCCAGAGUAACCCACCCUGUCCUCAGCCAGGGAACCCCACCUUAUACAACGACAGUAGCCCUCACACCCAGGUCCACACCCCCUCAAUGACCAGGAGGUAGGGUCUGGUUCGGGACUGGAGAGGAGGGAGUCCACUCACCACCACCCUGUUGGCAAGCCCCACCCCCUGCUGUCUUUCCUUCUAUCAUGGCUGUUAACUCACCUGGACUGUUACACACUCUGCAGAGACCACAUUAGAAAAAAAGGAUUCUCACGCUAACUAUUCCCCAACUCAACCCCCCCCCCCCCCCCCUCUCCUUUAUAUGGUGUGGACUGCUAAGACAGGCAGUGUGCUUAAUUUCUUGCCAAAUUAUCUAUUUUUACUUCUUAAAUGUGUAUGGAUUUAAGGAUUUCAAAAUAUGAUCACAUUGAGGGAUAUUAAUAGUGGACUUUUGUCUGUGUACUUCUUUUGGAUGUUUUAAAAACAUUUAUCUCAAAGGUUCUGCAACGACAAAACAUUUUAAGAAACCUCUGGUGCCAAGGUCCGUAUGUUGUCCCAAAUGACACCCUAUUCGCUUUACUGUGCACUUCUUUUGACCAGGGUCCAAUAGGGUGCCUUUUGGGAGGCAACUAUAGUCAUUCUAUUGUGACUGAAUCACAUCUUACUGCCGGUCUGAUUUUAAACCUAACAUUAUUGAACAUUUGUCAGCUAUCAUCUUUAUGGUUUAUGUAGCUGUUCAUAUCUGUGCCACAAUGAGCGAGGCACAUUGCAUGCAGACUUGCACCUGUACUUGAGUACGACUGCACACACUCACACAAUUCUUUACUUUAUUUUUUUUACAUUUUAUAUAAUCACUUGAUAUUCCAUGGAGCAGGGGAUUUUUUUUCUAGUUGAAUUUUGUAAAGUACCGGUAUAUAUUAACGUCAAUGGGGGGGGGGGCAUAUUACUCAAUUCCAGUACUGUAUGACUUUUUCUAUUUGUUUUUAGUGACAUUGAUUUAUCUUCUUUUGUGAUGUUAAUGAUCUCCAUAGAGUAUUUGUUAUGGUAAAUAAUGUAUUUUUAUUUACUUUUUUUGUAUUGAAACUGCUUUUGCCCUAUUAAAAUGUCCAUGUAUCUGCUAA